AUGGCGACGGCGACGAAUGGAGAGGAAUGCCUUAUGGCGACGGUCCUUUGGCGGGACUCACGGCGCUGGCGGCGCUUCUCCCUGCCGUCGCUUGGUGGGUUUUCCGUCGCUCUACCAAGCGGGCCGUCAGCCGGCGUACGGACGGAUGACGAUGCGUGGGGACGCGUGGCUCGAGGCACGGCGACGCUUCUUCGGUCGCGGUCGCACGACGUGUCUCGCGGGCGAGAGGCGUGUCUCACGGCGGGACUCACGGCGCUUCUCUCUGCUCUUAGCGGCAACGUCAACGUGUGCAGCCAGGAGGAGCGGGAGGGGAAGCAAACGGCGCUGGCGGCGACAAGGGACUUCUUUUCAAGCGGGCCGUCAGCCGGCGUACGGACGGAUGACGAUGCGUGGGGACGCAUGGCUCGAGGCACGGCGACGCUUCUUCGGUCGCGGUCGCACGACGUGUCUCGCGGGCGAGAGGCGUGUCUCACGGCGGGACUCACGGCGCUUCUCUCUGCUCUUAGCGGCAACGUCAACGUGCCAGGAGGAGCGGGAGGGGGAGCAAAUGGCGCUGGCGGCGACAAGGGACUACGGCUGCAGCCUUCUCCUCUCGUGGUAAGAGCGGCGGUACCGGGAGGGAAGCUCGCGGCGCCGGCGGAGACGGGGGAGGUAAAGCGCGGGGAGGGGACUUCCUUCUCGUGCGCAGCUAAAGCGGCAGUGGGAGCUCGCGGGGACAGCGGCGAGCAAUGGAGGCGAAGCGGGGAUGGGAGCUCGCGUCGCGGGAUCGCGUGGCGACGCUUCUUCGGGGGAGGCGUGACGCGCGCGCGGCGGGACAUCGGAACACGAGGAGCAAGGAGCAAGGAGCGAGGGACUUACGGAAAAGGGGUGGACGAGGAAGGCAGUGACUAUAACGAGAGCCCCAGAGCUGACGGAGGACGUGGGACAGUAAGGGAGGAGGGGGACGAGGAGGAGCGAGAAGGAGAAGGGGAGCAGGAGGAUGGGCGGGAGGAUGGGCGGGAGGACGAGGAUGGCGAGGUAGACGAGGAUGGCGAGGUAGACGAGGAUGGCGAGGUGGACGAGGAUGGCGAGGUGGACGAGGAUGGCGAGGUGGACGAGGAUGGCGAGGUAGACGAGGAUGGCGAGGUGGACGAGGAUGGCGAGGUAGACGAGGAUGGCGAGGUGGACGAGGAUGGCGAGGUGGACGAGGAUGGCGAGGUGGACGAGGAUGGCGAGGUGGACGAGGAUGGCGAGGUAGACGAGGGGACUGAGAGGGGAGGGGCAGGACUUGAUGUUGAAGGGAUGGAUGAGGAAAAGGAUGAUAAGAGAGCGGGGUUGUACGACGAGGAGGAAGAGGAGGAAGAGGAGGAAGAGGAGGAAGAGGAGGAAGAGGAGGAAGAGGAGGAAGAGGAGGAAGAGGAGGAAGAGGAGGAAGAGGAGGAAGAGGAGGAAGAGGAGGAAGAGGAGGAAGAGGAGGAAGAGGAGGAAGAGGAGGAAGAGGAGGAAGAGCAGGAUGGGGAGGGGUUGUAUGGAGCCAUCAAAAUCCCGAAUCUCGGCAAAACCACGGCAGCUGACCUCAUCGCUAGCAAAGGGCUUCUAGCAACCAAGGCAUGGUGCUGGUGGGACUUGCGGCGCAGGCCCCUCUGGCGCCAACAAAACGGCCUGCAGCACCCCUCUCGCAUGCCGGCAAAACGGCCUGCAGCGCUAAGACGCGCGGAUCACGGACUAUGA